ACAGAGCAGAAAGGAAGGUGAAAGAGAAGAAGGACUCAAAAUUUAAAAAAAGAAAAGAGUGAACAAAGAGAAAGCAAAGACAAGAGACCAAAUAUAGGACUCUUCUUCAGAAGAGGAGAGGAUGCUGCUGCAGCCGAGCAUCUAUGUCUGACUUCUGAGGAGUUCUCAGCCUGGACAUGACUGAGAUGCAGCAUCCCUGCAUCUGAGCAUCUCUAGUUUGUGCGUGUGAGAGAGAAAGUGAGGGUUAAUGUGUGUGUGAAGCCAUGGCGAGUGCUCAGCCGGGGGUCCAUGCGCUGAAACUCCAGCCUCCUUCCGUCUCUCACACGCUGAGGAACGGAAGCAACUUCAUUAAAUGGGAUGAGGAUUUGUCCACUGUCACCCCAGUGACCCUGCAUGUGGAUCCACAUGGAUUUUACCUCUACUGGACCGACCAAAACAAGGACUCAGAACUGUUGGACCUGACCCUGGUAAAAGAUGUCAGAACAGGCAGAAGCACAAAAACACCCAAGGAGGCUAAGCUGCGGGAGCUGCUCGAUGUGGGAAACCUGGUUGGUAGGCUGGAGAACCGCAUGGUUACCGUGGUUACGGCUUCAGACCUCGUAAACGUCAACCAGCUUAACUUCAUCGCUUCACAGGAGGACGAAGCCAAGGUGUGGUGUGAGGAACUGUUUUCUCUGUCUUCCAACCUGCUGAGCCACAAUCUCAACAGAGACCAGAGUCUGCUGAAAGCGUACGUCAGGUUAACUCUUCAGCCGAAUGCGGAGGGGAGAAUUCCUGUCAAGAAUAUUGUUCGGCUGUUUUCAUCGGACAGAAAAAGAGUCGAGAAUGCCCUGGAGAGCUGCAAACUGCCCUACGGAAGGGGGGACAGUAUCAAACUGGAAGACUUUACACUUGAAAUUUACCGAAACUUCUUGGACAGUCUGUGUCCUCGCCCUGAGCUCACAAACAUCUUCAAACUGCAAGGAGCCAAUGAUGGGAUGCUGUCAGUUGAUCAGAUGACGGAGUUCAUCAACAAUAAGCAAAGAGACCCGAGGCUCAAUGAAAUCCUCUACCCACCUCUUCGCCCCGCACAGACACACACUGUGAUGGAGAGGUACCAACAUGACCAGGCACAACUGAAGCAAGGCAAGAUCUCCGUCCAGGCGUUCUCCAGUUAUCUGUCCAGUGAUGAGAAUGGAGUCAUUCCACCAGACAAACUGGAUCAGUCUGAAGACAUGAGCUUCCCUCUGUCACACUAUUUCAUCAACUCAUCGCAUAAUACCUACCUGACAGCGGGCCAGCUGGCAGGGAGCUCCUCAGUGGAGAUGUACAGGCAGGUUCUGCUGGCCGGGUGUCGCUGUGUGGAACUGGAUGUGUGGAAAGGACGAACUGCUGAGGAGGAGCCUGUCAUCACACAUGGAUUUACAAUGACAUCAGAAAUCUCCUUUAAGGAGGUGAUUGAAGCCAUUGCAGAGUGCGCCUUCAAGACAUCACCCUUCCCUGUGAUCCUGUCUUUUGAAAACCACGUGGACUCGUUGAAGCAGCAGGCUAAAAUGGCUGAAUACUGUCGAUCCAUUUUUGGAGACGCUCUACUGAUCGACCCUCUGGACAAAUACCCUCUGGAGUCAGGUGUCCCCCUGCCCAGUCCUCAGGAGCUGAUGGGCAAAAUUCUCAUCAAGAACAAGAAAUCCCACAAACCUUCCAACAACACGGACACAAAGAGAUUGACGGACCAACCUGCCAAUCAGAGCAAUGAGCCAGUGUCUCCUAGCAACAACACGGGAGAGAUGGAAGCUGAGAGUGAGGAAGAUGAUGAUGAUGAAGAUGAUGAUGGUAAAAAGGGCUCAGCGGAGAGGGAGGCAGUGGCAACAGAGGAAAUGUCAACUCUGGUUAACUACGUCCAGCCUACCAAGUUCAACUCCUUCGAAGCCUCCAAGAAGGCAGCCCGCUGUUACCACAUGUCGUCUUUUGUGGAGACCAAAGCGUUGGAGCAUCUCACAAAGUCGCCAGUGGAGUUUGUGGAAUAUAAUAAAUCCCAGCUGAGUCGUAUCUACCCGAAAGGAACCAGAGUGGACUCAUCAAAUUUUAUGCCUCAGCUCUUCUGGAAUGCUGGAUGUCAGCUAGUGGCUCUGAAUUACCAAACUAUUGAUUUGUCCAUGCAGCUGAAUCUCUUCAUGUUCGAGUACAAUGGCCGGAGCGGCUACAGACUGAAGCCUGAGUUCAUGAGACGUCCAGACAAACACUUUGACCCUUUUACAGAAAACACAGUGGACGGCAUUGUAGCCAAUACCCUCUCUGUGAAGGUCAUUUCAGGCCAGUUCCUGACUGAACGGAGGGUGGGGGUGUAUGUGGAGGUGGAGAUGUUUGGACUCCCUGCAGACACGCGGCGGAAAGCUCUGAAGACCAAAACCUCUCAGAACAACAACGCCAUCAACCCAGUGUGGGACGAAGAGCCAAUUGUCUUUAAAAAGGUGAUUCUUCCUACCCUGGCCUCGCUGAGAAUUGCUGCUUUUGAGGAAGGAGGGAAGUUUGUUGGCCAUCGAAUUAUUCCAGUAUCCGCCAUUAGACCAGGUUAUCGUUACAUCGGCUUGAGGAAUGAGAAAAAUCAGUCUCUGAUUCUACCAGCUGUGUUUGUCUACAUUGAAGUCAAAGAUUAUGUCCCAGAUACGUUUGCAGAUGUAAUCGAGGCUCUGUCGAACCCUAUCCGAUAUGUCAACCUUCUGGAGCAGAGAUCCAAACAGCUGGCAGCCCUGACGCUGGAGGACGGCGAGGAGGACCUGCAGACUGAGGAUGAGACUGAAAGCUGUGCGGAGCGUAAGACUGAUCUGAAAUCAGCUCCACUGGAAAACGGGCUCAGCCCUGCCUCUGGCCCAGCAGGCCACACCCCCAUUGCCACCACGCCCAAAGCUUCCGCAGCCAAUCAACAAGCAGCCACGACAGAUGCAGCCAAACCAGCAGCCAAGACUGAGGACCUGGUUUUAAGUGUUUUGAUAGAUGUGCCAGUGUGCACCUUGGAGAGUCUGCAGCAGUCCAAAGUUUACCAGAAGGAGCAGAGACGCCAGUUUAAAGAGCUGAAGGAGUUAGUGAGAAGACACCAGAAGAAAACAUCAGAGCUCCUCAGAGAGUUCAACAACAAGUACAAGAAGACAUCAAGACAGUGCAGCAAGAACAGGAGUUCAAAUGCGGACAGUGAGAAAGAGGAGCGUCUCCAGCAGCUGAGAGAGGAGCAGCAUCAGCAGCUUCUGGCUCUGAGGCAGGAGCAGUACUACAGUCAGAAGUAUCUCCAGAGAGAACACAUUAAAACGCUGACGGAGCGGCUGACCAGUUUGGCUGAGGAGAGUCACAACACCCAGAUAAAGAAACUCAAAGACAUCUGUGACAAGGAGAAAAAGGAGCUGAAGAGGCAGAUGGAUCGACGGAGAACAGAGAAGAUCAACCAAGCGAAGACCAAAGAGAAACAUCUGGCUGAGGAGGAGAAGAUUGAGAUCAAUAAGUCCUACGUCAAUGAAGUCGUCCAGAACAUUAAAAGGCUGGAGGAGACUCAGGCAAAGCGCCAUGAACAGCUGGUGGAGCAGCACAACGAUCUCCUGCAAGAGAUACAAGACCAGAAACCAAAGCUGCAGGGUGCCGUGGAGGCAGAGUUUCAGGAGAAGUUCCAGUGUUUGCCCGGAGAGAUUCGAGACUUCCUGCAGGACAGGAAGUUGGAGGUUAGAGGCCACAGCAAGUCGCGACCUUCCACCCCGCAUGAAGCUCUGUCAGAGGAAGACUGAAGAGGGGAAAAAACCUGGAGGAGUGAGGGGGGAAUGAGGAAGAACAAAUGGAUCAAUGGAAGCAGCAUGGAGUAAAUCAAUCAAGUGCAUCAGAACAGGAGGAAAUGUUGAUGAAGGGGAUGUGAUAGAGUAAAAAAAUCAAGUUUAUAUAGACUGUUACUUCUUUUUAAUGGAAGAAUGCUUUAACAAUUUAUUUUUUAUUCCAUUCUAGCAUGCACUUUGUGUGUUUAAGACAAGUGUUUAAUCUGAACCCAUUAAGCCUUCUUUUCUGUCAUCUGUUACUUUUAAAUCUCAACACUUUGUACUGCAUGACUGUAUUUCUAUCUAUCUAUCUAUCUAUCUAUCUAUCUAUCUAUCUAUCUAUCUAUCUAUCUAUCUAUCUAUCAUUUGAGGAUCACUGAACACACAUCAGACCCUAUCACAGCCACUACAAUGCAACAAAUUCUAAGCAGCUGUUUUCCCCUUUUAUUUGUCCUGCCAGCUAAAACAAUGUCCACAAUUUAAAAAACCGCAGUGCUAAUAUAGUUCUACCCUGGAGUACUCAGUGCUGUACUGCAAGCAGUCUGCAUUUAUUUUAAAAACACACUCAGCACAGCGUUUGUUUGAGAAUUUUUUAAAAGCUGAAUCAGUAACAUCGGGGUUUUAAAAUCACUCAAGGACAAAAAAGAUGCAAUUCAAAAUUCUCCCAAGUAUCUCCCAUCCAAGGCUGUCGGGACUCACAGUUAGGAGCUGGUACUAAAUUCUUUCAGGUGGAAAUACAAAAAAGAUUAGAGUUUAAGGGGUUAAUACGAGGUAACAGUUGCUUUCUCUUUCUUAGUAACAGUAAUAUAACCUCAGGCUCUGUGGCUGACUUCGGAGCAGCUUUACUGGAGCAGCUGGGAUGUUGAUGACCUCAGUGUUGGAACUGCAGGAGAGGCUAAAUCUUUACUUCUCCUGCCCACAUACAGCUUUUCAUGCUCACAUACUCUCGAUACUGCAGACUGAUGGCACAUCAUCAUUAAUACUCUAUACUCUUCAGGAUGCAGUCUCUCUGUUCUUGUGAAGACCCUUAUUGUUAUAAUGCAUUCUCCAGCUUUCUAAAUCCUAAAUGAGCUCUAUUAUUUUUUUCCUGUUUUCUAUCAUAUCCAUGAGGUUUGAUUUUUUUUUAAUUUUUUUAUUUUAAAGGAGCUCUGAGAAUAGCGCUACAAUAUCAAAAACCUCAUCUGCUGUAAAUUUGUCUGAUCUCCUAUUCAAAGUCAUCUUCUGGUGCACCUCUGGCACGUUUUCGAUGUGGCUGCUAUUUUUAGGUCCCUCAGUGAAAGUCCCAUUUUGCUUUCUUGCACUUGAGUCUCUGUGACGGACGCCGGAUCUCAUUUUGUGUGUCACGACUGCGAUCCUUAAAUUUGAUUUUCAUUUAGUGAACUGCUGCAGGGAGACACGUCUGCUGACUGAUCUGGGUAAAGGUUGUUUUAGUGUCCAAAGAGCUCAUUCAUCUUCAAUUCUGUUCUGAAAUGAUUUCCUUUAGAUUUCCUUCAGUUGCCUCAUGACGGUACAGUACAAUUCAGCGCUGGCAGCCUCACACUGAGGGAUGAAUUUACAGUGCAAAACCAGAUUUUGAAAGAAAUGAUAAGCAUUCUCUCAGUCCCACUUCUCAUCUGGUUUUUAUGGACAUCUCAGACAGACACCACUGCCUGUAACAGAGAAGUCCCACCUGCGUUUCCAACCUUCUGCUCUGAGCAGCAGCCAGUCAGAAAGCAGAAGUAAGUCUUAAAGGAAGAGGGCCUAAAAGAGCUUGCUUCAGAUAACUUAGCUGAAGACCUUCAGCAAGGCCCAAUAUAAAAUAAACAAGGAUUAUUUUCAGUUGUGAAUUAUGCAGAGUGACUUUAAUAGUGCCCAGAAAUUAAAAAAAUGAACAUAAUAGGUCCACUUUAAGCAUCACAACUCAACACCUAUCCUGAGCCUUCACCCCAGGCAGUAGCAUAAACAUCUAAUUUCAUGUAUUUGUGCUUAAUUUUAAGAUCAGCAGCUUCAUCCUGAUUUUUGAUCAAAUUUUAAGCUUAAAACAAUCGUUACACACUGUGUUUACCUUUUGUAAGCGCGGUGUUAUAUUUGUUUUCAGGAUUUUGUUAUAUCAACACACUGAAUGCAAUAUGUAAUAUUUCAAGAGGAUAAUAUCAAGCUUUUUGUAUAUGUGUGUGGAUGUGUAACGCUCAUCCACAUACUGUACUUAAAGGGGGUAAAAUAAAUUGAACAUUAUUAAGGAUUUUGGCACACUUGUUGUUGACAUAAGGAAAUGUCAGUACUCAUUUUCCACGUGUAGGAGAGGAAGAAGGUUUUGCACUAAAAGAUGAAAUAAGUCUUGUGAUCAACCUAUUCUGGAUUCUUUCUGACUUCUGUAGCAGCAGUAAUCUCUCCCUCCAGUUCCCCCGGACGCUGCUGCUGAGCUGAUUUGGCAGUCGGGUGUCUUUAUUAAAUGUGGAAGGAUUUCGAAGUCUUCUGCCACUGCAUGGUUUAUUUGUUUUAAUGUGAAAGUUGUACAGAUGUAGUCUCCAUUCUGAUGAUGUACGAAUUUAUCGGUUGUUGUUUUCACGAUAUUUAACAGCAUAAUUUGUAAACAGAGUUUUACUUUGCUGUAAAAAUGUAAAAUGACUGGAGCUUGUUCCUCUCUGUAUAGUGAUCUUCCAGAACAAUAUUUGUUGAAACAUUUUUCCAUGAUCUGUUUUUCCUCUGAGGCCUCGGCUGCUUUCAACAACCGACUUUUUUUGCAGUGAACCUUUUCUUCAGAUUUAAGCCGCUGAUGAUUGAGGUGAACGUUUUGAGGUCGCUGUCGGUUCCUGACCUCGUAAAGGUAGCUUACACUUGCAGUCUUCAUGGCAAUAUAGAGACUCGGCUGUUAGCUUUUCACGCUAACAUCAGAGUAUCUCAUCUUUCACUAAAUUGUCUAUUAAAAGAUGUUUAUGUUCACAAAGUGGCCGAGGUUCCCCAGCAAAAAUGUGUUGUUGAACACGCCCCAUGCUUUUCAGAUAUACUGAGCAUGCUUUAUUGUAUUGUUUCUUGGGUUUACUGAAUGAUAUUUUAAG